AUGUCAGAACUUCGCCAGCGACAGCCUGCAACAUCCGCGGGGUCCGACCGAAAUGCAGAAUCAACCACACCCCCCAGACAAGAACGCCGUGCCGACAGGGAAGAAAGCCACGGUCCCAGCACCCUCGACAUCAUCCGCAUCAUCGCCACGUUGAUCCUCGCAUCGUGCGGUCUCUCCUACUACAUCACCAACUCUGAAUCUCUACUAUGGGGCUACAGACCCUGGUUCACUCGAUGGCCCGUUGUGAAAACAUACCUGAACGGCCCAGUUAACCUCACACCCACCGAACUCUCCCUCUACAAUGGCUCCGACCCCUCCCUCCCAAUCUACCUCGUCGUCAACGGCUCCAUCUUCGACGUCUCCGCAAACCCGGCCAUCUACGGACCCGGCGGGAGCUACAAUUUCUUCACCGGGCGCGAUGCAACCCGCGCCUUUGUGACGGGCUGUUUCAAGGAGGAUCUAACGUCGGACUUGAUUGGGGCAGAGGAAUUAUUCGUUCCCGUUGAGGAUGUCGAGGAUGAGGGUAUUACGAGUGCGCAGAAGAAGAUUCGUCGGGAGCGAGAGGUUCGUCUUGCAAGGACGGCGGUUGAGAAGACUGUUGAUCGGUGGGAAGGGUUCUUUAGGAACCAUAAGAAGUAUUUCCAGGUUGGGAGGGUGGUGGAUGAUGGGGUUGUUGAUGUGGAGAAGGGGAAGAGGGUGCUUUGUGAGAGUGCGCAGAAGCAGAGGCCGAAGAGGAGCGCGAUGAAGGAAGAGGAGUAG